AUGAUGAUGAUGAUGAUGAUGAUGAUGAUGAUGAUGAUGAUGAUGAUGAUGAUGAUGAUGAUGAUGAUGAUGAUGAUGAUGAUGAUGAUGAUGAUGAUGAUGAUGAUGAUGAUGAUGAUGAUGAUGAUUUGGAUGAUGAUGAUGAUGAUGAUGAUGAUGAUGAUGAUGAUGAUGAUGAUGAUGAUGAUGAUGAUGAUUUGGAUGAUGAUGAUUUGGAUGAUGAUGAUUUGGAUGAUGAUGAUGAUUUGGAUGAUGAUGAUGAUGAUGAUGAUGAUGAUGAUGAUGAUGAUGAUGAUGAUGAUGAUGAUGAUGAUGAUGAUGAUGAUGAUGAUGAUGAUGAUGAUGAUGAUGAUGAUGAUGAUGAUGAUGAUGAUGAUGAUGAUGAUGAUGAUGAUGAUGAUUUGGAUGAUGAUGAUGAUGAUGAUGAUGAUGAUGAUGAUGAUGAUGAUGAUGAUGAUGAUGAUGAUGAUGAUGAUGAUGAUGAUGAUGAUGAUGAUGAUGAUGAUGAUGAUGAUGAUGAUGAUGAUGAUGAUGAUGAUGAUGAUGAUGAUGAUGAUUUGGAUGAUGAUGAUGAUGAUGAUGAUGAUGAUGAUGAUGAUGAUGAUGAUGAUGAUGAUGAUGAUGAUGAUGAUGAUGAUGAUGAUGAUGAUGAUGAUGAUGAUGAUGAUGAUGAUGAUGAUGAUGAUGAUGAUGAUGAUGAUGAUGAUGAUGAUGAUGAUGAUGAUGAUGAUGAUGAUUGGAUGA